AGUGUCUCUAAAGCUGUCUCUGGGACAGUUUUCAGGCUUUGCAGUGAAAGAUGAUGAUCUUUACCAGGCCCUGCUUGAUACUCAGAAUCUCUUGAGAGCCCAGAUUACAAAUUUUACUUUCAACCUGGGAUUUUCAGGAAAAUUCUAUCACACAGGGACUGAGGAGGAGGAUGAGGGUGAUGACCUGCUGCUGAGAUCUGUGGAUGAGUUCUGGUGGUUUCCCCACAUGUGGAGUCACAUGCAGCCACAUCUCUUCCACAAUGAGUCCUCACUGGUGGAGCAGAUGAUCCUCAACAAAAAGUUUGCCUUAGAGCACGGUAUUCCAACUGACUUGGGCUACGCAGUGGCUCCACACCACUCUGGAGUCUACCCAGUACACGUUCAACUUUAUGAUGCCUGGAAAAAGGUCUGGAACAUCAGAGUUACCAGCACAGAAGAAUACCCACAUCUGAAACCUGCAAGGUAUAGACGAGGCUUCAUCCACAAAAACAUCAUGGUGCUUCCUAGGCAAACUUGCGGCCUAUUCACGCACACCAUUUUCUAUAAAGAGUAUCCUGGAGGUCCAAAGGAAUUAGACAAAAGUAUUCAAGGAGGAGAGUUGUUCUUCACAGUGGUUCUCAAUCCAAUCAGCAUCUUCAUGACACACUUGUCCAAUUAUGGCAACGACCGCCUGGGCUUGUACACCUUUGUGAAUCUGGCCAACUUCGUUCAUACCUGGACAAACCUGAAACUGCAAACCCUCCCCCCAGUCCAGCUGGCUCACAAGUACUUUGAGCUAUUCCCUGAGCAGAAGGACCCUCUCUGGCAGAACCCCUGUGAUGACAAACGGCACAGAGAUAUCUGGUCUAAGGAAAAAACCUGUGAUCGCUUACCAAAAUUCUUGGUUGUAGGACCCCAGAAAACUGGUACUACAGCCUUGUAUUUGUUCCUGAUCAUGCAUCCUUCCAUCAUUAGUAACUCCCCCAGCCCAAAAACCUUUGAGGAGGUACAGUUCUUUAAUAGAAAUAACUACCACAGGGGGAUUGAUUGGUACAUGGAUUUCUUUCCCACUCCUUCUAAUGUCACCACUGACUUCCUCUUUGAGAAAAGUGCCAACUAUUUCCAUUCUGAGGAAGCUCCCAAGAGAGCUGCUUCCCUCAUCCCUAAGGCCAAGAUCAUCACCAUCCUCAUCGACCCGUCCGACCGCGCCUAUUCCUGGUACCAGCAUCAGCGAUCCCACGAAGACCCCGCAGCGCUGAAAUUCAGCUUCUAUCAGGUGAUCACAGCUGGCCCUCGAGCCCCCUCUGAGCUCAGAGCUCUCCAGAAGAGAUGCCUGGCACCUGGAUGGUAUGCUACCCACAUUGAAAGAUGGCUCACUUACUUCCCACCUUACCAGUUGCUCAUUAUUGAUGGACAGCAGCUGAGAACUGACCCAUCUACUGUAAUGGAUGAAGUGCAGAAGUUUCUGGGAGUCUCUCCUCAUUAUAAUUACUCUGAAGCCCUCACGUUCGAUUCACAUAAAGGAUUCUGGUGUCAGCUCUUGGAAGAAGGAAAAACCAAGUGUCUGGGAAAGAGCAAGGGCAGAAAAUACCCUCCUAUGGAUUCUGAGUGCAGGGCCUUUCUGUCGAGCUACUACAGAGAUCACAACGUGGAACUGUCAAAGCUCCUGCACAAACUGGGACAGCCCCUGCCAUCGUGGCUGAGACAGGAGCUCCAGAAAGUGAGAUAGCAUUGGAAAAGAGCUUCUUGAAAUGUCCUUCCACACUUCAGUCAUCAUAUCUGAGCUUUCCAGCAGCUACCAGAAGGUCUUGUAAGAUAUACCUCUUCAAAAAAGUGUAAAGGAUAGAAAUUAUUUCCAUAUGCUGGCAUGUGGAUUGUAAAAAUACAUGUGUUCCUUAGAGCUCUGGUGGGCCAAAUCUCUCUCAUAAACAUUUCUGGGCCUGUGGACUUGUGGACUACUGUGCACUUAUGUGAAAGUUAUUUACAGCUGGUUUAAGUGUCAGAGAUACAUGAACUGUCCAAUCUCACAGUAAAUAUUCACAUUUUUAUCUAUCAGUUUUAAAGUAUUGUGUCUCAUGUAGGUUUUGUAGCCCUUUGUUGGACCACUGGCAGUUUUUUCUUAGGAUUUGAUUAUGGUGUUGCAUAGGAUAAGAUAAUGUAGCACAA